UUCUAUAAUAAUAUGAUCUCUUUUCUAUGAGUAUAAUACAUUAGAUGCUAUUGAUUGAUAUUUAUUAUUCAAUACUAUUUAUUAGACAAUUACUAUUACUAUUUGGUUUUCUCGGAGAUUCGCCUAAACUUAGCGUAAUAUAUUAUACAAUAUAUUUAUACAGACUAUAUGAAAAUAGUUAAUUUUUUAUAUUAAUUUUAACGGUCCACAGAUUAAUGGUGGAUCACUUUAUUAACUUAUUACCUAUACAAUUGUAGUUCUCUACCUAAAUAACACCCUAUGGUGUUAUAUGUUUUUACGUAGACUUCUGAAUAAACAGGAUUCCAAUAUUCAUGAGGCAUUUAAUCAAAUGGAACUUCAUCACAUUGUGACUGUACUCUAUAGCAGGAAAAUAAUUUUAUUAAUCAUCCUAAUCUGAAUCUCAACUACAUAAUCGAACCUUAUAUACUCUGGUGUGUUUACAUCAAUUGUUAUUUGAGUAAUUUGGAUUUUUGACAACAAAAUGUGGCAACAACAAGCUUUUGUUUUGGAUUCCAAAUUUAACGCCUAUAGAACUUCAAAUCACCCAAACUUUAGAACACUUUACAUUAGAAGAAGAAGUCAACUUCUCAGAGAAAAAUCUAAACAAGAUGAUAUGAUUCCAGGUAUGAGAAGAAGGUAUUUACGUAUUAGAUCAGCAAUUUUACAAAACAGAUACAAUAUAAAUUUUGAUAUGCAGUCUAACAGUGCCUGUAGUCAAAGUACUAGUUUGAUGAGUUUAAAUAAAGACAAGCAAUUAGAAAUAGAUUUAUUACCUCGAAAGUAUGAUUUUUUAUCAUCACCUAUUCCAACCACUCAUGCUCAAGCUUCCAAAGCUAUUGUUGGAAAUAGUACUAUGGAAGAAAAUUAUGCAUUCAAUAAUGUUCAUCACAUCUAUGAUCAGCAUUCAGAUGCAGUAACAAUGUUGAAGUUUGCUAAUAAUGAUAAAUCAAAAUUAUGUUGUGCAUCAAAUGAUGGAACUCUUAGUAUUUGUGAUGUUUUGACUUCACCGCCAUGUGUAAAAGCUAUACUAAGAUGUCAUACGGGCCCAGUAACUGGUUGUGAUUGGUCUGCUUCGGAUGAAUUAAUUGCUAGUUGUUCUACUGAUGCAACUAUUUGCUUUUGGGAUGCAAUUCGACAUUGUUGUCUAAGAUGUGUUAGUGAUCCUUUUUAUUCAUCUGUCUUGGUCUGUUUAUUUAAUCCUAUCAACAACAAUAUUCUCAUUACUGGCAACAAAGCUGGAUUUGUGUGUGUAUUAAAUGUAUCAACGGGUAUGUACCCAAAAGGCGGAAAACACAAAAUUGGAGGUCAAAUUUUAUCUCUUGCAGUUAAUAAUAGUGGACAAAUAAUAUGGGUUGGAAAUGAUAAGAGUGAAAUUGUAUCUCUCAAAUUAAAUAGCAGUGAUAGUAUUCUUACUAAGUGUCAUCGAAUUUUAAUAUCUCCAAAUCGUGGUGCAAUUACAUGUUUGAGCUGGAGAUCAUGGAUUAGCCGAGAAGCUAGGGAUCCAAUGUUGCUGGCAAAUUGUGCAAAUAAUAUAUUAUGUCUUUACAAAGUUUCUGAAAAUGAUGGUGGUUCGUUAUAUUUAAAAAGAAAGUUUUUGGUUCAUCACGCUCUUAGUAAUAACUUAUUACGCUCGACAUUCUGUCCUAUUAUGUCAUUUAGACAGGGUGCUUGUGUUGUUACAAGCAGUGAAGAUUCUUGCGUUUAUUUUGUAGACGUAGAAAGGGAAUCUAAUUAUGCAGUCAAUAAAUUGCAAGGGCAUGCUUGUGUGACUUUAGGCGUUACAUUUAACUAUGAUGAGACUAUAUUAGCGACUAGUGAUGUACAAGGAAUAAUUAUUAUCUGGUCUCGACAAUGUCAAAAGCAACAACCAUUGUAAUAAUUUUGAACAAUAUUAUAUACUUAUUUUUAUUUUUAUUUUAAAUUCAACAUUUAGAAACUGAUUUAACAGUAUGAAAAAGUUUAUAACUAAUAAUAACAGUAUUUUUGUAAA